AGCUUUCUCCUCUCUGCCCAUAGUCUAGUUUUUAUUCGACUUCAUCUCUUCUUUUUUUCUCUGCCCCUAACUGCAACCGCUGCAUCACCGAGUGAAAAUUCGACCUGCGGUCUGCGCAAACAAACGGAUUUCCAUCGCUCUGAGUUCACUUUCAAGAGCAACAAUAAUCGCACGCACCGCUGCAACCAUCACCACCAGUACCACCGCGCUUCACCACAAUCUUUUCUUCUCUAACCACCUCAUUUUUUCCACUAUGUCCCACCACGUCACCGUUCCUCGCCGCGAGCUGGGCAAGAGCGGCCUGUUCGUUUCUCAGAUCGGUCUCGGCUGCAUGGGCAUGAGCUUUGGUAUCGGCUCUCCUGAGGCUCGCGACGACAAGAGGAGCAUUGAGGUUAUCCGCGAAGCGUUCCGCCUCGGCAUCAACUUCUUCGACACCGCCCAGGUGUACGGACCGCACAAGAACGAAGAGCUUCUUGGCGAGGCCAUCUCUACCCUGCCGCGCGACCAGCUGGUGAUCGCCACCAAGUGCGGCAUCUACACGCGCGACGGCAAGUCCGUCGCCGACUCGCGGCCGGAGAUCCUUCGCGACGCCAUCGAGGGCUCGCUGAAGCGGCUGCGCACGAGCUACGUGGACCUGUACUACAUCCACCGCAUCGACCCCACCAUCCCCAUCGAGGACGUCGCGCGCACGAUGCUGCAGUUCAAGAAGGAGGGCAAGAUCCGCCACUGGGGCGUGAGCGAGGCGAGCGUUGCCACGGUCCGCCGCGCCCACGCCGUGUUCCCGCUGACCGCCGUGCAGAGCGAGUACUCGCUGAUGUUCCGCGAGCCGGAGAAGGAGCUGAUCCCCACGCUGCGCGAGCUGGGCAUCGGCUUCGUGCCCUUCAGCCCGCUGGGCCGCGGAUUCCUGACCGCCACCAUCAACGCCGACACGAAGUUCGACGCGGGCGAUAUCCGCGCCAACCUCCCCCGCUUCUCGAAAGACAACGUCGCGAAGAACCUCGCGCUUGUGAGCUUGGUGAAGGAGAUGGCGGAGCGGAAGGGUGCCACGCCCAGUCAGAUCGCCCUUGCCUGGGUGACGUCGCAGGCCCCGUUCAUCGCGCCGAUCCCCGGCACCACGAAGCUGGAGCGCCUGAAGGAGAACAUCGGGUCUGUCGCGGUGCACUUCACGCCGGACGAGCUUGCGGACUUCACAAAGAAUUUUGACGCCCUUAGCGUAGAGGGAGACCGUUACCCCGCCGCGCUGGAAGCGAUGGUUGACCGCAGCCGUUGA